AUGUACAUCUAUGCUGUAAAAAAUCACUCUGUGAUGGCAUUAUCUCCUUUCAACUUCGUCUCGAAUGCUCUUUUCUACACACUGCCACUUCUCUACUGGGGUUUCAACUUGCUCAAGCGUCAGCCAAAGGAAACAAAACUAGUGUUUUAUGUCCAUGACUAUUUAAGUGGGCAUGACACAUCUGCAAUCACUGUAGCAGGAAAAGAUUGGCCGCAAGCUAGUGUUCUUCAUUUUGGGACAAUGGUUGCAGUGGAUGAUCCAGUAACUGAAAGUCCAGAUCCAAAGUCCAAAGAGAUUGGUAGAGCUCAAGGUAUGUACAUAAAUUCACAGUUAGAUGGCAAGGGACUGCACUUGAUGUUUUCUGUUAUUUUCACUCAUGGGGAAUUCAAAGGGAGUACUUUGGAGAUUCAAGGUGCUGAUCUUUUUGCAAUGAAGGAGAGGGAAUUCUCUAUUGUCUCAGGGACUGGUUUUUUUAGAUUUGUUAAAGGUUAUGGCAUUAUGACAACUCACUUUAUUGAUAUUCCUAAUCUCAAAGCCAUUCUUAAGCUUCAUGUUACUGUCAAGCACUAUUGA